ACCCACCCGACCCCAGUAUAACGAUGCUUGCUCGGCGAAUGUAGACAGGCAGGUUGGCUCGAAUAAGAAGGUAAUCAUACGGAAUAGUAACCACAAAGACAAGGGAGGCGCACGUACACGCUAGGCACAGCACAUGCCGAACCGACCCUGGUGAUGCCGGCUGCAUAGCACGUAUAGAUCGCCGCGACUAUACUUGGCUGUACCGGACCCACGACAACACAAUGUUGAGGCUCCGUGAGCGUACUUAAUUCAUCAUGUCUCCCAUACGCGGUUCAGGGUGCUGCUAUUUCCAUAGAAUCUCCCGAGAGUCGCCCGGUCUCUAGGUUGUCGGCUUAAGUGUGUUUACUCCAGCUGCAGAGCCGACCUAGUCCAAGUCUCGUUAGUGAUUUUGCGUGUGCCCACGGCGACACAGCAGGUCAGGCCCAGGAUGAUACUACCCCCGGCGGCGCAGGAUCCGGUCACGGGCCUGUUUCUCGUCGGAGCCCUCUCGGUCGUGGCCCUCGUCUUCAACUAUUUCUACUACGCCUACCAGUAUCACAAGGCGCAGCGGGGCAGGGAGGAAAGCCAGUUGCCGCCAAAAUACCCAACAUGGCUCCCCUAUGUAGGGUCUGCUAUUCCCUACUUGCGGGACGGCCCCGAAUUCCUUAGAAAGGUCACCUCGUAUGCCGGACAGUUGACCUCGAUCCGGGUCACCUUCCUGCCCGGCUGGGAUAUUUACUUCUUCCAGGACCGCCACACCAUCAGGGAGAUCUGGAAGAAGUCCAAUCUGAUGAAGUCGGUCAGCCUGCGUAUCUUCUUUUACCGAUACAUCUUCGGGAUGCCCCAACGGUCGGUGGCGAUGUAUUACGAGGAUGAUUCCGGGCCGUUCCCCAAGCCAUACCCCGGCACUUCCGUGCCGCCGGAGAAACGCAUCCACCACACCCUGUACGAGGGGACGCACCAGGCCCUGGCGGGGUCGGGCUUCAACCCCACGCUGCAACGCUUUCGGGCCGCUCUCCUGGCGCGAGUCGCCUCCAUGGGCUUUGCCGAGGACUGGGCGGAGAUGGAAGAUUUCCAGCGCCUGAUCCUGCACACCACCGGUCAAUCGUUCGUCGAAGCGAUCUUCGGGCCCUCUCUGCUCCGCCUGAGCCCGACCUUCAUGGACGACCUGAAGGAGUUCAACCGAGCGGUCCCGCUAUUCGCGAAAGCGACGCCGAGGUUUCUCAUCCCGCACGCGUACGCGGCGCGGCAGAAGAUGCACAACCAUCUGAAGCGAUGGUAUGCCUACGCGCGAGAGCAUUUUGACGAGUCCAGUAUCGGCGCGGACGGCGACGCAGACCCGUUCUGGGGAUCGGCCUGGAUGCGACACCGACAGAAGACGCUAGACAAGAUCCAAGACGACGACACCCUCGCGGCGUCGGAUCUGGGUGCAGCUUGGGGGUCCGUCGUUAACCUCGUUCCCUCCACCAUCAUGGCCCUAGUGCACAUCCUGCGUGACGAGAGCGUCCACCAGCGGGUGAUGCAGGAGAUCGAGCAAAGCGUCGGCGACCGACCGCUGGCGGACAUCGACGUCAAGGCGCUCUCGGAGAACCAGCUCCUGUCCUCAAUCUACGCCGAGACGCUGCGGCUCCACGUCAAGCUGAACACGGUGAUCAGCUCGCAGCGCGCCGACCUCAAGCUCGGGCGGUGGUGGCUGCCGAGGGGCAGCAUCGGCCUGGUCAACUCCCACAUAUCCCACAUGGACGCCGCGUUCUGGAACACCAAGCAGGGCGCCCACCCAGUCGAAAGAUUCUGGGCCGAUAGAUUCCUUCGCGACCCCGCGGACCCUCUCAGUGGCCCCAUCAACCCGGCCUAUCGGGAAACGCAAGGCCUCGGCGACGCCAAGGCACACGUGAAAGAGGAGGAGACGGCCAGGGACGGGCCCUACUUCUCGAUGGAGGGCCUCGAGGAGUCCUGGGUGCCCUACGGAGGGGGACAUUUAGUAUGUCCGGGCCGGUUUCUAGCCAAGAGCGCCAUCAUGUUCACCUGCGUGCUGUUCUUGCGUGAGUUCGAGGUAGAGCUGCUGUCGGAGGUGGGCGAGCUGUGCUCGAGCAAUUUCGGCAUUGGGACUGAGGAGCCGAAGCGCCCGGUGAAAUUUCGCAUCAGACGGCGGCUGGGGCGCGAGGACCGUUAGGGACAGCGCAGCGCGGCAGCUAGCUGGGAGAUCCUAGGCCGGCGUGAUUCGAGGGAACAGGCACAGCAGCUUCAAGUGCCGGGGCAGGAUGAUUCGCAGAAUGAUUCGCAGGACAGGAUGGGAUGGGAUGGGGCGAGGGAGGGCGGACGGGCGACGGGCGACUAAGGCCGGCGGGACUUGGAGCGGGGGCACAGCCGCUGCCCCGCCAGCGUAUCUGGUGCCGCUGGUUGGUACCCGUAACCGGUCCCUGUGGUUAGCGACGUGGUGCCCUAGCUUGCCCCUAACUUAGCCUGUCCCUUUACCUACCGUAUAGGGGGUCUACCCCCUAGCUAGCCUGUGGAGCUAGUCCCUGGGACUAGUCCCGAGCCGGUGCGUUAGGAUUCGCACCCAGACACUUCAGCAUACAUGUCAAAAACAUAAGGCCGGUGCUAUAAGUCUUGAUUGUUUCCCACCUUUUUUUUUCCU